ACACAAAUCAAAGCUGAACUUACUACGAACUAUGCUGAUACCUGGCAUUACAAUAAAGAAGGGUGUCUGUCAACUGCUUGCCUUGAACAAGUUUAGUGUGGGGCAAUGGCUGAAGACCUUCGAUACGAUCAUCUUUGAUGCAGAUGGCGUACUGUGGCGCGGGCAGCAGGCAAUCGAUGGCGCCCCAGACACAUUCAAUGCUUUACGUGCUAUGGGCAAACAGGCAUUCAUCUGCACAAAUACAUCGGAAACGUCGCGGGAGAAACUGUGCGCCAAGGCACAAGAUCUGGACUUCCUCAUAGCCGAGGAUGAGGUGAUGUCGUCAUCAGAGGCAUUGGCCCGCUAUCUGCAGCAACGCAAGUUUAAUCGCAAAGUCUACAUCAUGGGUGGACAGGGCAUCGCCGAUGAACUUGAGUGCGUGGGCAUUGAGUCUUUGCCACUGGACGAAGGCAAGAUGAUAGGAUCCCAAAUGGUUGAUUAUGUUAAGAAUAUAACAUUGGAUCCGCAAGUGGGUGCUGUAGCCGUUGGAUUAGACAAGGAUUUCGAUAUGCUUAAGCUCGCGAAAGUCGGCUGCUAUUUGAUGGAUCCAAAGGUGCUCUUCCUGGCUACCAAUCGUGAUCACUCAUUUCCUGUGGCCCCAGGUCACUUCAUUCCCGGCUCUGGUGCCAUGGUUGCUGCAGUGGAAUCGUUGGCUAAACGAGCACCAUUCAGCUGUGGCAAGCCAAAUACGUUCAUCUGUUUGCAUCUGCUACGCCAGGGAGUCAUCAAGCCGGAACGCACUCUGAUGGUGGGCGACACUUUGUACACAGAUAUUCAGCUUGGGUACAAUUGCGGCUUCCAGACACUGCUGGUUGGCACAGGCAACAAUAGUCUUCAGGAUGUGGCCAAGCUGCAGAGAUCCAAGCUGCCUCUGAUGUACCAGCAAAUACCUGAUCUGUAUUUGCCCAAACUGUCCGACUUGCUCAAGUUUCUACCCUCCAGAAAUUGUUAAUCAAGUAUUUAUAAACAUAUAUAUAAGUUGUAUAUAAUAUGUGUGUAUAUAUGGUAUAUAAAUACUAAAUAAAUAAUAAAAAUAGUUGCA